GUUCGCUAUGAGCCACAUGACUCAUCUUCGAACACAACGCAACGACGGAAUCGAAGAUGAGGUGGAUUGUCGGAAAAAAUCCGUCGCACGCUGCUUGUUCCUCAAAAUUGCAGAGAACUUUUCCAGAACUUAUAACAAGGGUCCUUUCAAAUUGAUCUGCGAUGACCUACGUCCUUCGAACGUGAUCGUCGAUGAUGAAAUGAACCACCGUUGUGUUAUUGACUGGGAGUUUUCCUAUGCCGCUCCAGCUGAGUUCACAUACUGUUCACCAUGGUGGCUCCUGUUGGCACAUCCAGAUGACUGGGCAGACGGCCUUGAUAGCUUUUUAGCUCAAUAUCUCCCUCGACACGAGAUCUUUUCGCAGGCCUUGAAAGAGUCAGAAGAUGAGGAGAUCCGGUGUGGCACGCUUUCCGAAUCUCAACGUUUGUCGGAAGAAAUGGCACCAUCUCUACAGAAUGGAACAUUUUGGUUCUGUUUGGCGGCCACUUCGAGCUUUGCCUUUGACGAUAUCUGCUGGCGCUUCAUUGAUCCAGAAUAUUUUGGCACACUAACUUCCAUUGAGGAGCGGAUCGAGUUGUUGAGCUCAAAAGAACGGGACUCUCUGGUGGAAUUCGUCCGUGUCAAAACACAACAGGCAGAGGAGAGAAUGUUAGACGAAGAUCGUACCCUGGAUGAGAUUCUCGCGUCUUAAGCGCGUGUCAGAUGCUAUGGUGGGAUAAAUGCUAGCUCCAAGUUCGUCCAAUCUUGAUAGUCAUCCGAGUCGAGGUGUCGUGCACCUGCAUCACCAGAAACUACUUCG